UAUUACAUCAGAAGAACCACAGUCCAUUUAUUACAGACGAGAGACACAUCCCUAAGGCUCCAAUUUAAUUCAACUCACCUACUCAAACAUUGAGAGAGAGAGAGAGAGAGAGAGAGAGAGAGAGAGAGAUGGAGGAGAGUGGAGGAACACCCCCGUUCACUUGGUUGAAUCCGUGUGUUCUGGUUCAAGAAGCUGUGAAGGCCAUGCUCAGCUGCUUAGGUCUAGUAGAAACAGCACCAGAUCAUCCUGCUUCUUCUCCACUGAAGCCCCAAGAUUAUUCUCCUCCUCCUGCUUCGACGGCACAAGCUUCGGAUCCUCCAUCAUCCGCCACGCCCGGACUGGAUCCGACAAGCCCCGUUGAAGCUGAUGAUCCCCCGGCCACUGGAGAAAUGGAGGACAAUCCAGCCACGUUUGUAGAAUCUGCAGUUACCAAGCCACCGAUAAACACGGGAACAGGUCCCCAGACUAAUUGAACUCCAUCCAUGGUGGGUGAAGAAGCUCCUUUUACUUUUGUUUUUUUCCCGAGUCGUCCGUUUUUCCAUUUGUUUAAUUUGAUUCUAAGUGCCACUUAUCAAUUUGUUGCUUUGCUCUUUGUGUUAUAUGUGUGUAUCACCAAAAUAGUCUUCAACGUCGUAGACAUGCUUGUUGUGUGGAACAUCACUUUGUUGCAACUUCAACGUAUUCAUACAUCAGUACUGAUCUCCUUCAGUUUCUUAAUGUGA